AUGUCUACCUUCAAGCGGAAGAGCAAGCCUGCCAAAGAUGCAGAGGCGAAAGCAGCAGAGGUCAAACCUAAGAAAGAUGCUGCUGGCCAGGCUCCCAUGAAGAGUUACAAGCCGAGGCAUGUGGCCAAUGCUACUUUUCAUGCCAACAGAAGCGAAAUACAGGACGAAAGGAACUCCGUAUACAGUCAACAAUUCUACAGCCAGCCCAAAGCUCACAGCGAGGAGGUCUUCUCACAUUCCCAAAGCCCAUCUAUGGCCGGCUCGCAAUAUGCUCAAACAACACGCCAGAACAGCGAAUAUCUCUACCAAGCGCGCGGUCGAAGUGGACGUUAUGACAACACCAUGCCUUUCGCUCGUGGUCGGGGCAAAGCAGAUCUGGGCAAGGAGCCUGGUAACAUGACUCCGUACUACUCAUCUGACUCUGGCUAUGACUCUGCUGGUGCACAGUCUGCUAUGAACUCGCGUGCACCGAGUCUCCAAACUCUCCAGGACCCGCGAUCGCAGUACAAUUCAAGGGCUUCACAUAGCUUCGUUCCCGAGCUCAGGUUAGGUCAGGAACCUACUGAGCAAAUGUCGGAGCUUGAACGAAUUCUCACUGGAGACGCGGCGACAACGUCCCAGGAGGGCAUUCUGAAGAACGUUGGCAACGUCUCGGCACUUGACCACGAGCAUGAUGUCAAUUCUACCAAGUCUAGCAAACCGAAAGUGCCCGGGAAUAAGAAAACUCGCUUCGAGGAUCAGUCGGACCCAGUGCCAGUGGUGGACCACCUCCAAAACCAACGGGAACUACUAUCAGUGGCCCCGGUGAAGAGCUUGGUACAACAUUACGAUGCGGCGGCUUCGAAGGAAUACAUGACUGCACCCGCCAAUCGCACUGAGCUGCCUCGACAUGGGCAGCAGGACCACCCACACAACUCUGCGCAAUCCCUCGAACUUCCCCCGCAGACAUUCGGAGGUCUGCAUCUGGCAUGUCAACCUAAGGAGAACGCGAGCGAUGGCCAAGCUCUUCUGGACACAACGCAUCUUAUCCCAGCCACCAUGACCUCAAGACGACCUAGCUUGCCUCCACUUUCUACACUAGAUGGACUGAAGGUGAACAAGAAAGGCAGGAUCCUUGAUGAGGAAGGAGACCAGAUUGGAGAACUCGUCGAGGGUGAUCUGUUGGACUGCGUUCGACAAAAGGUCAAUGAGAAGGGAGAGGUGCUGGACGAGUACGGCCGUGUGGUGGGCAUAGUGAGGACGAUCCCGAACAAUGGCGAAGCCUCUGCAAGCCCAGCGCACCCAGCACCUCAGCACAUCGAACCUCGACCAGAGGCAGCGACACAAUCGCUCCAGCCAUCGGGCCCAGAUCUGAGCCUGUACACAGGGAGUGUACCCCACCCAAUACAACAUACCGGGCCUCACACCGACGCAGUGCAGCCACAGCAUCACCACCACGCCCCUCCGCACUUUGCGUCAAGCCAUGUCUCAGAGGCGCCUGCCUCGAUCGCCUCCGAUCCUACCACUGUGCAGCACAGCUCCAUUGUCGCCGGAUCGCGACCAUCUGGAUCGGCGUCUCCCCUGCUCCAGGGAGCACGACCCGUGUCACCGCUCGAUAACGCCGACAGCAAGGCUCAAGUUGCGAUGUCCACGGAUGGACCUCAUUACUCUGCUCCAUUAACACCAAAGGAUCAGUCCAGUCAUGAGCUCUUGCAGCGUCCAACGCGCACUGCCAGUGAGCGCAGUCUUUCCGAGCUUGGCAGGUCGUACGCUCGACCACCCAUGAAUCCGGUACCCGAGGACAACGUCCCGGAGGACGAUAUCAUGCCAGUCGAGAGCGCGGACCUCUUUGCGUACAAAGGCGAGAUCCCUUUGACUGAUGCCCGGUUACCGUCGCGAACUAUUGACUUGAGCCUUUCUAGGACGGCGUUCAGCGGAGGGCCUUCUCCGCCAACAAUGCCUGGACAACUUUCUCCAUCUGCGCGAAUUCCAAUGGCAUCGCGUCGUGCAACGACACAUUUCACUGGCGGAUAUUCGAGCAACAACCUCAACCCAAAGCUUGCGAUGAUGAACAACUCCCGACGAAGUCCGUUCAGCAGUCAUGAGACGAGCCCAAAGCGCAGUGAGACUGGAACCGACUCGACAUCCGAUGACAUGCCGAUGAUCAGGCCCACCCAUAUGAGGACGCCAUCAAUGCGAUCCACCGCGACUACAGUCGACAAGCCGCGAACCUACUUUACCCACGGUGGUAAGAUCACGGUCGACGCCGAUACACCAAAGCCCGAGAAAGCAGCUGCCGCACCGAUGGCAGAGCCUGUUGUCGAGAAAGUCGCCGACAAGAAGAAGAAGAGUCGAUUCAGUAUGGCCUUUGGGAAGAAGAAGUAA